GAAUUCAGCCGACACAUUCAUUUCUUCAACCCAUUUGUUCACGCAGGCUCGGCCCUGAUUUGUUUCAUUCUCCACUUUCACCUUCGCAAGAGACUGAACUGGAAUUUGCACCCUUGGAGGCAGACAGGAUAUUCUUUCUGUUGUUCUGACUCUUAGCGGCAACCGCAAGAGUUAAUACUGGGCUGAAUCACUGCCCUUGGCAUUCUCCACCAGAGUCCUGAUUAGAAAGGGCUCUGUUUCUACCCCUCGUGGACUUUGACAAGGAGCAGAACUUUUGGCUACUAAAGGCUAAAAGGCUCUGAAACAGGGUAGGGACUUGCUGUUGCUUUGAGUGGCGCAGUUUGCUCAGGUUAUCUCCCUAAGCUUAUCUUCGGAAAGGCCUUCAGCCUACAAUGUGGUGCUGCAUCCUACUCGUCAGUGUGGUUUGGGCUGUGGUCUGGUUCUUCCGUGACCAGCAGAUUUUGAGCAACUUUAAAGACAAGUAUGUUUUCAUCACGGGUUGUGACACGGGUUUUGGGAACAUGCUAGCCAAGAAACUUGACAAGAAGGGUUUCCACGUGCUGGCAGGCUGCUUGACUCAGAAAGGAGCUGAUAACUUGGACCGCACCAGCUCGCCAAACCUGCGGACCACACUGAUCGAUGUUACCAGCUCCGAAAGCAUCUCCAAAGCAGUGGAAUGGGUGAAAGCUGAAGUGGGUCGGAAAGGACUCUUUGGUCUGGUGAACAAUGCAGGUUUAGGCAGCUCUAUUGGCCCCACAGAAUGGAUGACUGUGGAAGACUACCGCAAAGUCAUGUCUGUUAACACUUUUGGAAUGAUUGAGGUAUCAUUGGCCUUCCUGCCAUUGCUCAAGCAAGCACGUGGCCGAGUAGUCAAUGUUUCCAGCGUCCUGGGGCGGAUUUCAGCCAACGGGGGUGGCUACUGCAUUUCCAAAUACACUGUGGAGGCCUUCUCUGACAGCCUCAGGAGGGACUUGUAUCAUUUUGGGGUAAAAGUCUCCAUUGUAGAGCCAGGCUUUUUCAAAACAGCCAUGACUGAUCUUGACACGAUAGAGGCCACUCUGAGGCACUACUGGGACCGAAUGACCCCCGAAGCCCAGCAGAGCUAUGGUGAAAGUUUCUUUCGCAACUACUUGAAAGUCCAGAAGUUCAUCAUGAAUAUCAUAUGUGAUUCUGAUCUCAGCAAAGUGACGAACUGCAUGGAACAUGCCCUUCAAGCGAAGCACCCUCGCUCUCGUUACAGUGCAGGAUGGGAUGCUAAAUUUCUGUGGCUGCCAAUCUCUUAUCUACCUUCCUUUUUGGUGGAUAUUUCCCUGUCUAUUAUCUUACCAAAGCCAGCUCAGCGGAUGCAGUAAAAGCUGUUCUCUUAUGAUCAAGCUUGAGGCCUAAAUGUUGACGGAUCGUACUCCUGAAAACCAGUA